AGCAAACAAACAGCAAGGACCUGCUCUGCUACAUUGUCUACCGUUUACUGCAACACAGAAUCUAUCUCUGUUAUGAGUUACAGACCCACAGAGCCUGGCAGGAUGGUGCAACAAAGAAAACACGCGUGGAUCAACAGGAAAAAGAAACCUAAAAGUGAAAUGACACUGUACAAAGGAGGUCUAAACUGUGGGAGAACAUCUUACCCUGCUAAAGGAUACUACAAAAACCCCACCUCUAGACAUCAUGAGACCACCAAGACGUCCUACACUUCUGAUCCCACCUCCAACAAUCACCCCAAGAAAGGUGCAUCAAACAGCAAUAAAAUGUCUCAAAGUCAGUUCUUACCACCAAUUCUGACCAUUACUGGAGACAGCAGCUUGUCAUUGGCUACCCGGCAGCCCAGCCUCCUUGAUGUUGAAUCAGUAGGGAGAGAACCUUUAAGUCCAGAUGUAUGGAGGUUCCAGAUGAAUGUCAAGACUCCAGAAAAAGACCUACAAGGGUGUACAAGUCUGAAAGAUGCCCCACCAUUAGGUGCUGCUGGAGGGCGAUUUCACCAGACACUCCAGGUGGUUCCUAGUUGCUGGGACCAGAGAACAACAGUUUUGCUUCAGAACGUUGAGGACCUUUCCAAGUCUCAAGAGAAGUCUACACCAAGUCCAGAACUCUACCGGUCAUGUCUCCUGGUCAUCACUCCUAGAAGAGGCUUGAAGAAAGAAUCCAGCGCCCAAAGAACAUCAGAAGCCAAGAGAGGUGUGAUGACAGCUGGCUACAGGACCCAGCGCCGCUUGGCCAAUAAGUGCAUCCCUACCUGGAGGAGCUGUGAGGAGUCCAAACAGAACAUAAAAGAUGAGGGAAAACGGUCUUCUAGAGACUCUGCCUUCGGUACAGAUACAGACAGUGAAACAGCAGUGAUAGAUGUGGAGUUGGGUCUAGAAAUGUGCAAGACAGAGAUGAGCCAUUUCACCCAAGAGAGAAUUAUUGACUGGAUCUUGCAAGUCAAUGAUGCCUUGUUUUCCUCACAUUCAAAAGAGGCAUCCAGAGGCUCUCUCACUGAGCAGGACACUUCCAUAAAGUUUGUGUAUGAAGGAGAUUAGUUACAUGGGGAACUGUC